AUGGCGCCGCAGAAAUCUGUGGCUGAGAUGCCCCGUUCUAUCCUGCCGCGUCUGACUUGGAACGGCUCCUCUGCACGCACUACCAUCACUUCUCCCCAGACCACCGCUCUCUCAGUAAGGCGCCAACAGAGGCAGCAGUCUGCACGGAGCUGGACCCCUGUUGGACGGCAACUAUACACCUCGCCUCACUCUUCCAUACGCCUCGCCAUAGCCGCCCACGGGAUCGGCGCAUCGUCACCCCCGGCCGCCGAGCCCCCCAGCAACCCUAUCCGAUACAACGGUGUUUAUGUCGCUACAUUCAACCAUGCUCGGAGAGCCUUCCACGCCUCAGCACCGCGUCAGCGGGAUCACUAUUUCGAUACCUUGAAGUUUGUCCAACGCUUGAAGGAUGAAGGGUUCAGCGAGGAACAGGCCGUUGCGAUGAUGAGGGUCCUGAAUGAUAUUAUCCAGGAAUCUAUUCAGAACUUGACCCGGACCAUGGUCCUCCGAGAAGAUACCGAACGAUCCGCCUACACCCAGAAAGUCGAUUUCGCCAAACUCCGCUCCGAACUUCUCAAUGCAGACUCCACCGAAGCGCAACUAACUCGCUCAUCGCAUGAAAAGAUCGCCGCUGAUCUCGCCAAACUGAAUUCCCGCCUCCGCGACGAGAUCGGGCGCACGCAAGCGUCGGUGCGUCUUGAUCUGAAUCUCGAGAAAGGUCGGAUCCGCGAAGAGGCAAACAGUCAGGAAAUGCGUAUCAAGGAGACCGAAACUCGAAUCGAACAGGAGGUGGCGGGCUUGAGGGAGCGUGUGGAGGCCGUCAAGUUUUCCACUUUACAAUGGCUCAUGGGUGUUUGCACCGGUACCGCGGCUCUGAUUCUUGGUGCCUGGCGUCUUUUCAUGUAACCCAACCCGGUGUAGGCCCGACUUCUCAACCCACUGUACAUUAUUACUCUCUUUUCUCUGCAGACUGCAGACCUGCUUAGGUAUGGCGGGAGUUUAGGAGAGACCACAGCUGUUUUGAUGUUGUUUUCUCUCCCUCCCUCCCUCCUCUCUCUCGUUUUCUUU